AUAAAUACUGAUAUAAUUAUACGUGUGAUAGUCUAUUACUGUGCUAUGUCUGUGCUAUGUGUCAUUUUCUCCUAGGAUGGUGUUUCCUUUUAUGUUUCCAGCCGGACAACAUUUGCGCGUUCACUAGCUCGGUAAAAAACUUCUAGGGUUAAACAUCCGACAGAAACAUUUUCCCACGCGGGAAAAAAGAAAUUAUUUCAUGAGCGACUCGAUGAUGAUGACGAUGGUGCAGAGCUGGGACAGCGAGCCAGACAUCGCUAAUAUGUCCAAGAGCGACAUACUGAGAGGAAUCAUCACCGACAAACUGAGCACAGCCGCUCGGGAGAUCUUAUCGGUGGUGGAGCGGACUGUAGCCGACUAUGAGGAGGAGGCUGCGGGCUUCAGGCAGGAGCUCGACCGGCAGAGGAGACUGCUGGAGCUCCUGCAGCCUGAGAUAAAGCAGGAGGCAGACGACCAGCAGCUGUUUUCCAUCUGUGAAGAUGGAGGUGCUCCAUUACUGGAUGAUCAGAAGCAGGACAAAUAUGAGCUGAGGGUGGACGACAGUAGGAGCCUGGGAUUUCAGGCACCGAUAGAGGAUGAAGAGCUCCCGUUUUUCCAUGUUUUCCUUAGGUUCUUGACUCAAACAGUUCCGUCUAAGAGGAGAAAAAAACCUGGCAAACGUCGAAUCAGCAAAUCACAAAAUUGCAUAGAUCUCAAAAUCCGCAUAUUGGAAAACCCAAACAUUGAAGUGCUUUCAAAUACUGUGUUUCGGAUGUACCGGCUUCACAAGCUGAAGGUUCGUCGUGGUUUGAAGGAAGCUGACUUCCUGAAACUACUCAGGUCUACCUUCCCUCAGCUGGCUGGAGAUGAACCUUUUGACCUUUUUUAA